AUGAAAGGAGAAAAUAUUGAAGAUCUUGUGAAAAACAAAGAUCAACAAUUUAGCAUUUUAAAAAUCAUUCCAUUCCACAAAAACGCAGAAUUCGCCAAAUGCUUCGUCUCAAUUCAAUUACCUACUCUAAGUGGAAUGUCAUGGGAUGUCCUGGAAAAGCCAGAAUUAGAAUCAGUAGUCGUUGUCGUCGUUGUUGCUGCUGUUGCUGAAAACAGUAAAGACAUGAGCAAGCCUCGUGGUCUUAGGACAGUCGGUAAGUUGAAGAAUCACAGACGUGAACAGGGAUGGAAUGAUAAAGUUUUUAAAAACUCCCACCGCGGUACAAGAUGGAAGUCCAGUUCAUUCGGUGGGGCCCUCCAUGUUAAGGGGAAAGUUUUUGAAAAAAUUGGUGUUGAAGCCAAACAGUCAAAUUUUGCCAUCACUGGAUUCGGUCGUAAAGGUCACGCUGUGGGGAUAUUCCCGGAGUUCUUUUCAAGGUCGUCCAAGUUGCCAGUGUCUCCCUGUUGGCCCUCUACAAAGGCGAGAAGGAACGAUCCAGAUUAUAAAUUAAUUGUCACCAUGUUCCACAUUGAUGCUUUGUUUGAUACCGACGUGAACUGUUGCUGA